ACGUCAUGCUCAGUCUGUGUCACUUUUCUCACAAACUACUCAAUAUAGCGCGGCAGAAACCCCAUUUUUUACUACGCGGUAUGUCUGCGGCCCCCUUGAGCCGCCUCUGUGACAAAAUCGCCAUCGUAACCGGCUCCACAGACGGGAUCGGCUUCGCUAUCGCUCGACGGUUCGCCCAGGAAGGCGCCCACGUGAUUAUCAGCAGCCGCAAACAAAAAAACGUCGAUGCCGCUGUGGGUAAACUGCAGUCCGAAGGGCUCAAAGUCAGCGGUUUGGUUUGUCACGUUUCUAAUUCCGAAGAUCGGCAAAAAUUGUACGCGCGAGCUCGGGAUUUAGGGGGGCUAGAUAUAGUCGUGUCUAAUGCGGCUGUCAACCCCUCGCUAGCCCCCGUUCUCGAUUGCGAUGAAAAAGCCUGGGAUAAGAUUUUUGAGGUGAACGUCAAGGCGUCGUUCAUGUUAGCCAAGGAAAGUUUGUGUUUGUUGAAACAACGCAAAAGUGGACGGAUUAUUUUUAUUUCGUCGAUUGGAGGUUUCCAGCCUUGUGAGCCGUUUGAAGAUUUAGGGGCCUAUUCUGUGAGUAAGACGGCGCUUGUGGGGUUGACGAAGGCCGCAGCGACUCAAUUGGCGAAGGAUCAAAUUACAGUAAACGCAAUAGCGCCGGGAAUUGUGCAGACGAAAUUUUCCAAAAUCCUUGUGGAUGACGAUCACAAGAAAAAUAGGGUGUUGGCACGUGUCCCUAUGGGAAGGUUAGCACAGCCGCAAGACAUCGCCGCAGCAGCUGCUUUUUUAGCGUCAGACGACGCGAGUUAUAUCACCGGCGAAACUAUAAUAGUGGCUGGGGGAAUGCCGUCAAGACUAUAAUUUUAACCAACCAUUGUCCGUUUUCGCCCCCUCGCUCGAACUUCCUCUAGUUUAAUAAACACUUCUUUAAAGCCUGA